CCCAGCCUCGUCGUGAGGAACUGACUCAGAGGAGGGGCGCGUCUGCUGACUCAGAGCUCGUACCCUUUCCCAGCUCUCCCUGCCCAUAACUGACUACUGUCGACUCCCAAGCAGCCCUCUCAGCCUCUGUGUCUGGGAGAGCUCUCAGAGCGCUUGGGGACCCUGGAGCAUUUAAUUUGCCAGUGAUGAACUUAGCAUGAGAAGCUUUUCAUUUUAGCUCUGUUACGGUGGUAUUGCUGUUGGGUCUCUGUUAAACCAGACCGAAGCAGAACAGGCGAGAAGCACCUUCUGUCACUAACUUUACUUUUAACCUAACCUCUAGUAGGGUUCCUUGAAUUACUCUCAUUACCUUUACUCUGCUGGGUACGUCGACUAUGCCAUUGACUGGAUUUGUAGCCGGCCAAGAAUGGGAGGGAUGCCAGUAAGGAAGCUGUUGGAAUAGUCCUGGCGGACCCGGGGCUUGGACGAGGUGUAGCCGGGGAGGUGACGCAGCUGCCCUGUCUCCGUGGUUGGGGGGUGAGGGGGGGACGUCAGGAGGGGACCAGGAGCGCCACGUGCGGCUGCCUCCCUCCCUAGCUUCCGUAUCACCAGUGGGGAGGGGAGAGCGGGCCUGGGUACUCCGGGUACUUCUAGGAAGACCCUCCCUCCCCCUCCCACCCCCCAGGACACGGACGGCCCCGUCACACCACCGCACACCUGCUCCGAGACGGCUCCCACUCUGAUUCCACUGUCCUCUGCGUCGUCAGCACCCUGAACGGGGCCUGGCGUGUCCGCGUCUGGAAGGCUCUGCGUUGUACCCUGAGCAAUCCAGCAUCUGCUUCAAAGCAUCAGUGGAGAAGUUUAAAGAUGUUAUAGCUGUAUGUUCAGCGGAAGAGAGACACGGACACAGACGGGGAGCCCCUUCCUAGAUUUCAUGAAGGCGUGACACAUUCGUUCAUUCUUUCAGUGGCUGAGAGCCUUUUCCAUGCUGUGUGCUGCGUGCUCUGUCGUCAGAGUCCGGGGAUGCGGGAGUGGGAAUGAUCCGGAUCAUGAUCGGGACGGCACAGAACUGUGGACUUUCAAUUGGUCCUGUUCGGAGUUGGACCUGAACGAGAUUCGCCUGAUAGUUUACCAGGACUGUGAAAGGAGAGGCAGACAAGUCUUGUUUGAUUCUAAAGCUGUUCACAAGAUUGAGGAGGUGGCAACUCAGAAAACGGAGGACGUCCCCGCGAAAACGCCAGCCAGGUGCUGUCAAGGAGGUGGCAGCGGCAGCCUCUCUUCCCACGGCUCUUCCGGGGGAUCUUUACCACAUGCCAAGGAGCAGCUUCCAAAGUACCAGUACACGCGACCCGCCUCUGAUGUCAACAUGCUUGGGGAGAUGAUGUUCGGCUCGGUCGCCAUGAGCUACAAAGGCUCCACCCUGAAGAUUCACUACAUACGUUCUCCGCCACAGCUGAUGGUUAGUAAAGUCUUCUCCGCCAGAAUGGGCAGCUUCUGUGGGAGUACAAAUAACUUGCAAGACAGCUUCGAAUACAUCAACCAAGAUCCUAACCUGGGGAAACUGAACACAAAUCAGAAUAACCUGGGUCCCUGUCGUACUGGAAGUAACCUAGGUGUGCUGCAGGGAUACGGCAGCAAACUGCCCCCGGGGGCGGCGGAAGGAGGACCGCUCCGGCUCAGCCGCAGUGCCUCUUUCUUUGCAGUGCACAGCACGCCGGUGGACAUGCCAAGCAGAGGGCAGAGCGAAGACAGGGACAGCGGCAUCGCCCGCUCAGCCUCCCUGAGCAGCCUUCUCAUCACACCCUUCCCGUCUCCAAGCUCCUCUACGUCCUCCUCCAGCAGUUACCAGCGCCGCUGGCUUCGGAGCCAGACCACGAGCUUGGAAAACGGCAUCAUUCCCAGGAGGUCAACGGAUGAGACGUUCAGCUUGGCCGAAGAAACCUGCAGUUCCAACCCGGCCAUAGUGCGGAGGAAGAAGAUCGCCAUAAGCCUCAUCUUUUCCCUGUGCGAGAAGGAGGAGGCCCAGGGGAACUUCCAGGACUUCUUUUUUUCUCAUUUCCCCCUGUUUGAGUCUCACAUGAACAGGCUGAAGAGUGCAAUUGAAAAGGCCAUGAUCUCGUGCAGGAAGAUAACGGAGUCAAGUCUCCGUGUCCAGUUUUAUGUCAGCCGUCUGAUGGAAGCUCUGGGGGAGUUCAGAGGGACCAUCUGGAGCUUGUACUCCGUCCCGAGGAUAGCCGAGCCCGUGUGGCUGGCCAUGACGUCCAGCACCUUGGAGAAGACGCAGCUGUGCCAGCGCUUCCUCAAGGAGUUUACGCUCCUGAUAGAGCAGAUCAACAAGAACCAGUUUUUUGCUGCCUUGCUGACCGCAGUCUUAACCUACCACCUGGCCUGGGUGCCCACCGUCAUGCCCGUUGACCACCCUCCCAUCAGAGCCUUCUCCGAGAAACGCACCUCUCAGCUGGUCAACACGCUGGCCAAGACGCACCCGUACAACCCUCUCUGGGCGCAGCUGGGCGACCUUUACGGGGCCAUCGGCUCUCCGGUGCGACUGACGCGCACGGUGGUGCUGGGGAAGCAGAAGGAUCUGGUGCAGCGCAUACUCUACGUGCUGACCUACUUCCUGCGGUGCUCGGAGCUGCAGGAGAACCAGCUGACGUGGGGCGGGAGCUGGGGGCCGGGCGAGCGGGCGCUGCCCGGCGGCAGCAUCACCACAGCCCUGGAGAGGGGCGAGGUGGAGGAGUCCGAGUACGUGGUGGUCACGGUCAGGAGCGAGCCCGCCCUCCUGCCGCCCAGCCUGCCCGCGAAGGCGGCCGAGGGGCCGCACGCUGACACCGGAGACCUCCGUCCCCAACUCGCCGGACAAGGAGGCCGGGGCCCGGAGCAGAGCGCCGCGGCCCACAGCAUCCGGAGACCUCGGGGCGCGUCGUGCGGGGACGACGAGAGUACGAAGGAGGCGCCCCGCGGCGGCCCCGCCAGACUCCCCAGCGGCGCAGGUGCGUGCGUGGGGCCGGCCGGCGGGGAGGAGCCGGGAGGGGAGAUGCCCAAGAAGCGGCCCGAGCGCUCGGCGGCCAGGCCCUGCCCUGAGGGGCGUCCCUGGGACAGGCCACCCUGGGAGAAGGUCACCUUCCACAUCGGGAGCUCAGUGUCUCCGGACUCGGACUUUGAAAGUCGCACCAAAGCGAUGGAGGAGCGGCUGCGGGCCUGCAGGUGUGCGGAGCCAGCGCGCCGACCCCCGGCCGGGCCCGAGGCGGCCCGGGAGGCCCGGGACCGGCGGGCUCCGAGGUGCUCCCAGGCCCCCGAGGCAUCUGCGGGGGCCCGCGGCGUCAGGACCGGGGCCGCCCAGGAGGCUGCGGAGUCGCCCGGCGCACCUGCCGCCCGGCGCGCACCUGCCGACCCCGCGCGCGCGCCGGGGAAGCCGUGGGGUCGGGGCGGGGAGCACGCGGACGGGCCUGCGCGGAGCGGGUGCGCGGCCGCCGGCUUCAGGGGGGAAGGAGGCCUCCCCCGGAACGAGAGCUCGGACAGCGCCCUCGGCGACAGUGACGACGACGCGUGUGCGCCGGCCUCGCCGGACCUGGGCCCCGGCAGUGACGGUGACAGUGAGCCUGACCAGCCCGAAGGGUCGCCAGAGGUGGAGCUGCCGCUGCCCAGGUCUCAGAGCAUCAGCAGCCCGAACGUGAGAAACUUUGGCCGCUCCCUCCUGGCGGGUUACUGCCCCACGUACAUGCCGGACCUGGUGCUUCACGGGACCAGCAGCGAUGAGAAGCUGAAGCAGUGCCUGGCGGCCGACCUGGCCCACACAGUGCAGCACCCCGUGCUCGACGAGCCCAUCGCCGAGGCCGUGUGCAUCAUUGCAGACACGGACAAGUGGAGCGUCCAGGUGGCCACGAGUCAGAGGAAGGCGGUGGACGGCACGAAACUCGGCCAGGACGUCCUGGUCUCAAGCCAGGUGUCCAGUUUACUUCAGUCCAUCCUGCAGCUUUAUAGGCUUCACCUCCCCGCCGACUUUUGCAUCAUGCACCUGGAAGACAGACUACAGGAGAUGUACCUGAAGAGUAAGAUGCUGUCUGAGUAUCUUCGUGGACACACGCGCGUGCACGUGAAAGAAUUAAGUGUCGUUCUGGGGAUCGAGUCCAACGACCUGCCCCUGCUGACGGCCGUCGCCAGCACUCACUCUCCGUACGUCGCCCAGAUACUCCUGUAAGCCGACGCUCCGGACAGCUGCCCCGUGGAAGGAGGGAGGACGGACGGCCGCUCCCCAGGGCCGCGAGGCCCGAGCAGGGCAGACGGAGCCGGUGCUGCCGCGCUGGGCCGGGCCGGGCGGGGCCGUGAGCACGUCGGGGCGCAGCAGCGGGGCUGGGACGUCUCCGAGCUCCAGCGCGAGCUCCCCAAGCCGGGGAGAGGGGUCCGGCCGUCCUGACCCCGGCUCAGCGGCCGAGGGAAGCCCGCGCGUGCCGCCCUCCGCUCCGGCGCCUGCGGCGUCACCGUCACCGUCACCGUCCGGCGCACGGCACGGGGGGCCGGGAGCCCCGGGGACCCGCUGCUCCCCGUCUGUCCCAGUUCACCGCGUUCGCGGUGCAGCCGCGGGUGGGUCCGGGACGGGUCGCUGGUGCGAUCACGGCAGGAGUCGGUGCAGCGUCCUCAGCCCGUCCCCGCGUGGUUCCGUGGCAGCGGCGACCUCGGCCCGAGCCCGCCCGGCUUCCCCGGACGCCUCGCAGCUCCGGGCAGCCUUUUAAGCGGGGCCGUUCACCAAAGUUGGUUCCGUAAGCCGGCGAGUGGUUCUGUGGCUGAACUCCUCCCGCGGAAGCCACCUUCUUCCUAUACUAGUUACUACCAAGGACUGUUCCUACUUCAAAAGGCCCAGCUGUCCUGGUGGGAAAUCAACGCUGCAAGAGUGCAGGGUGACUCAUGAAUUAGUGUGACCGUUUAUAAACAAUCCCGAUGGGAGCUGGAUUUUUACACUAUCAUCUCUGUGCCUUCCAAUCCCUAGGUCCUUUUCAAAACAGCUUCCCAGAAAUUCACUGCCCCGUAGUAUAAAACCUGCCAAAAUGAAGCAUUGUUUAUUUAUGAGCAUAGUUUGCUUUUUAAAAACCCUUAAUUUUCUGUGG